AUGGUUCAGCUAAUCGUCACAGGACCUAUGCCAGAGCGGAUCGAGCGUGCGAGAGCUCUUCAGCGCAAACUUUUGGAGCUCAUCUUAGCUGCGAGGACAGGCUUACUUGAACUUAUUCCAACACCUCGAGAGUCAAGUAUUAGUUUUAAGUGGAGAUUUACGAGUCCUGAAUAUGAUGGAUUUCCUAGUGAAUCGGACGAAAUAAAUGAAUUCCAUCCGCUGCCGCAAAAAAUGACCAUCAAAUGGUCGUUGGAAGAUAUCUAUAAGUGCAACAAGGCGAUUGAUGGAGGCUUCAUUAGUAUAACAGCAUCAUCACAAUCUCACAGAUGGACAAGACAAGAUAUUCAGGAGCAUAUGAAAUGUCGUUUGCAUGAUUUCAUAGACACUGGGGCCUUGACAGUUGUUCCAAUUCGUGAAUACGAAGCUAGCCAGAACAAAAUCUCAGCGAAGGCUUGCAAGCCAAAAGCGCAGGUAUCGAUCAGCGAAAUGCCACUUUCAGCAAUUAUACCCUUCCAUGAGAAUGAGGUGGAGAUACUAGCAAGCGAAGAGGCUCAAUGUAACAAAGCGCCGGCAAGCGUCAUAUCAGGCAGGUUUGAUGAGGGACACGGCACCUCGGAUCUCAAACUACUAUGCUUAACUUUUGCAAUCCAGCUGAAAGAGCAGAUUCAACGUGUCAACACGCUUGAGAAGGAGAAUGAUAUAUUGAAAGUACAAGUUUUACAGCUAGAACACGAUCAAGCAAUGCUGCAACAAGAGAUCUCAAAUACGCGGGAGAAGGAUGAGAAAGAUGUUUCAGCCGCAAGAUUAGAGGGGGAGAAAAUUGCGGAAGAGAACAUAUUGAGGCUUUGGAAUUCGGCAAAAGAGAGGCGUAGAGGAAUUUCGUCAGGUAUUACAAGUGACGCUCGCAAUGAUCUAUCGACUCCUUCUUUAGUAAAAGCAAACUUCAAUAUUGGGGAAAGGAAGGACUCAAAAUAUGCCCUAAUAAGGAGUCCUCCAAUAUGCGCAGACGAAAGUCGCAGCCAUCUAUCCAAAGCAGGCGCUCUCAAUUCACCUCCAGCUACCAACCCGACGGAUUCAGCAGAUAAUGCCAUGAAUUCUUGCGAUGAUCUUCUUCCUACCAUUGCAACUUUUGAUUCCCAGGAAUCUUGCGAAGGAACUGCCACUACCAAUGCUUCGGAUCUUUGGACCUAUAAAUCGCAGUCUCAAUAUAGUUUCGCCAUCGCAUAUUCUAAACCCCCAAAAUCACCUCGAGCGACACAAGGAACCACUUAUCCUACUCUUUUGCGACUUUCGCAAGACACAGACGAGUACCAUUACAUUGGUCAUUUUGUUGUAAGCAGUGUGGUCACAACAACAGACUUCAAUCAAGUCUUGAAAAAUUUGCCUGAUCUCUCGCCAGAUGAUACGCAGACCAAACAAAAAUUGCUCAAGGAAAGAGAUUGGGCUCUGGGCUCUCUUUCAGAAUCUGUAAAUGACUUGCCGGUUGAUAUUUAUACUUUACAGUAUGUUUUCUUUGGCAAAGAACAAUACAAGAUUCUCGUAGAUGCAAAGAAUAAGGAUGAUGCUCUGAAGGCUGCAGAUCAUACCAUCGAUUUGUUGAUAGAGGCUGAUAAUCAAACUGAUGAAUCUUCCACUCCAUCUACAACAAUGGAUAAAGCUAGCCAAACAAGUUUGUUGUCAGAACCGCAUAACCAUGAUAUUACCCCUCUGCCUCUAAAGAUUCCGACUGCACCUAAGGCAAUGCGGAGUGGUCAUUCAACUAUCGAGGCUCAAACUCUCUCGGGGUCAGUUCAACAUGAUUCUGUCCGUUCGUCACUUUCUCAAGUCCAAAAUCUUCCAACGGAGUGA